CCACUGUUUAUAAUAAUCCAUCAGGAGCAGCAUCGGAAUCAUGAAUGGGCCAGUGGAUGGUUUAUGUGAUUUCACGCUGGAUGAUGAAGGGGCUUUCAUGUUCACAUCAGAGUCAGUGGGAGAAGGACAUCCAGAUAAAAUCUGUGAUCAAAUCAGUGAUGCUGUACUAGACGCCCAUCUCAAACAGGACCCAAAUGCCAAGGUUGCUUGUGAGACAGUAUGUAAGACAGGAAUGGUGUUGCUCUGUGGGGAGAUCACAUCUCGUGCUAUUGUGGAUUAUCAACGAGUUGUCCGAGAUGCAAUUAGACAUAUUGGCUAUGAUGAUUCAGCUAAAGGCUUUGACUACAAGACUUGUAAUGUUUUAGUGGCACUGGAACAGCAGUCACCUGAUAUUGCCCAAGGUGUUCAUCUACACAGGGAUGAAGAGGAUGUUGGUGCUGGAGAUCAGGGUUUGAUGUUUGGUUAUGCAACAGAUGAGACAGAAGAAUGUAUGCCUCUCACAAUUAUUCUUGCUCAUAAACUGAAUGCCAGGUUAGCAGAGCUGAGGCGUAAUGGAGAACUUCCUUGGCUGAGGCCUGACUCUAAAACACAGGUCACGGUUCAAUACACCCAGGAGAAUGGAGCGGUCAUCCCAGUGCGUGUUCACACCAUUGUGAUAUCUGUGCAGCAUGAUGAAACCAUUUCUCUGGAGAAUAUGCGCAGAACCCUGAAGGAUCGUGUCAUUCAAGCUGUUGUCCCUGCAAAAUACUUGGAUGAGAAAACUAUUUAUCACCUUCAACCUAGUGGACGUUUUGUUAUUGGAGGGCCUCAGGGUGAUGCUGGUGUAACUGGUCGAAAGAUCAUUGUAGAUACUUACGGUGGCUGGGGAGCCCAUGGAGGUGGUGCGUUUUCUGGCAAAGACUACACGAAGGUGGACCGAUCAGCUGCGUACGCAGCCCGUUGGGUGGCCAAGUCUCUUGUGAAAGCUGGGCUCUGUCGCCGUGUUCUGGUUCAGGUUUCUUAUGCCAUUGGGGUAGCUCAUCCACUAUCUAUUUCACUGUUCACUUAUGGAACUUCCCAAAAAACAGAGAAAGAGCUGCUGGACAUUGUGCACAAAAACUUUGAUCUUCGGCCUGGAGUCAUUGUCAGGGAUUUGGACCUAAAAAAGCCCAUUUACCAGAAGACUGCUUGUUAUGGUCACUUUGGAAGAAAUGAAUUCUCAUGGGAGGUGCCCAAAAAACUCGAGUUUUAA